AUGCCCAAAAAGAAGCCCAUGCCCAUCCAGCUCAACCCCACGCCGGACGGCUCCGCCAUCAACGGGACCAGCAGCUCCGCCGAGACAAAUUUAGAAGCCCUGCAGAAGAAGUUGGAAGAGUUAGAGUUGGACGAACAGCAACGGAAACGUCUUGAGGCCUUCCUCACACAGAAGCAAAAAGUUGGGGAGCUGAAAGAUGACGACUUCGAGAAGAUCAGCGAACUGGGCGCAGGGAACGGCGGGGUGGUCUUCAAAGUGUCUCACAAGCCUUCCGGUCUCAUCAUGGCAAGGAAGUUAAUUCACCUAGAGAUCAAGCCAGCGAUUCGAAACCAGAUCAUCCGUGAACUGCAGGUCUUGCAUGAAUGCAAUUCUCCCUAUAUAGUGGGCUUCUAUGGAGCAUUCUACAGUGAUGGCGAGAUCAGCAUUUGCAUGGAGCACAUGGAUGGCGGCUCCUUGGAUCAGGUCCUGAAAAAAGCUGGCAGGAUCCCUGAACAGAUCCUGGGCAAAGUUAGCAUUGCUGUAAUAAAAGGUCUCACGUACCUGAGAGAGAAACAUAAGAUAAUGCAUAGAGAUGUUAAGCCAUCCAACAUUUUGGUAAACUCCAGAGGGGAGAUCAAGCUUUGUGAUUUCGGUGUCAGCGGGCAACUGAUCGAUUCCAUGGCCAACUCCUUUGUGGGCACCCGGUCGUACAUGUCCCCCGAAAGACUGCAAGGGACUCACUAUUCAGUCCAGUCGGACAUCUGGAGCAUGGGGCUCUCUCUGGUGGAAAUGGCCAUCGGCAGGUACCCGAUCCCUCCGCCGGAUUCGAAGGAGCUGGAGCUCCUGUUUGGCUGCCCCAUUGGGGGCGACUCUCCUGUCUUGGAGACAUCACCCAGACAAAGGACACCUGGCCGGCCAAUGAGCGCCUACGGCUCUGACACCAGACCACCAAUGGCCAUCUUUGAACUCCUCGACUAUAUCGUCAAUGAGCCACCUCCGAAGCUUCCCAGUGGAGUCUUCAGUCCGGAAUUCCAGGACUUUGUGAACAAAUGCUUGAUCAAAAACCCAGCCGAGAGGGCGGAUCUAAAACAGCUCAUGGUCCACAUGUUUAUUAAGAGGUCGGAGGCGGAAGAAGUGGACUUUGCAGGCUGGCUGUGUUCCACCAUCGGCCUUAACCAGCCGAGCACCCCGACACACGUGGGCUGA